CAGUCGCUCCCCCUUCCACACUGAACACGACCAUUUUGAUCUCCUUCUCCUGCGACUACGGCUGCUGCUGGCAAAUAGGGAAGAAGUGACAUGGCAAGAGGAGCUGAAACAUUCCUCUCGCUAACGCUGCUUCUGAUCUACUUCACCUCAGGGGAAAGAGUGCAGUUGGUGCAGGGACAGAAAACUUGGUGUGUGGCGAAACCUUCGUCGGACGACGCAACGCUGCUCGAAAACAUCAACUACGUCUGCUCUCAGGUGGACUGCAGCGUGCUGCAGAGGGGCUUCCCAUGCUUCUACCCAGAUAACCUCAUGUCCCAUGCUUCCAUUGCCAUGAAUCUGUACUACCAGUCCAGAGGACGGAACCCAUGGAACUGCUUCUUCAACAACUCCGCACUCGUCGUCACCACCGAUCCAAGUAAGACCAAGGUUGAUGAGGAUGUGAUCAUGUCUGCUCCCAUCUACCGCUCACGAAGCACUUGUGCAGGUUAUGGUAGCUGUGCUUAUGCCUGAAGCCCCAAGACGACGACGACUGCAUCUCUUGACGAAUGGCUUUCAACAUCGCGUGUUUGUAGUGAACUCGAGGAGAACUUGUUGCUAAACCUUGUUUUGAUGACAGAUAUAUGUAGCACACUCUGCACAUCUCUUUGAAUCUUCCAUUGCUUCGAUUCUGGGCGUGUGCUAAAAGUUGAUCUAAAUGCACUGGCAAAGAAUGUUUGACAGAGCU